ACACACGUCGGAUGUAUAUCUCUAUCUCUAGUCGGCGGCACUCGGGAUCCGCGCAGACACGCAGGUGUUCCCGUGUGUAAAGUUGCCGGUAUCCGAUCAACAACUUUAUUGACCGGAAAUCAAUCUUUGUUUUCGCCGAAAGGGAAAAGGAAACUUCUUUUUCGUCCGUGUUCGCGCGAUUUUCUACGCGCGGUUUGAAAUUUUCGAAACGUAGUUAGGUGAGAAAAACCAAUUGCGCGUCUAAAUGAGAAUCGCGAGUGAUCGUUACGCGUUCCAGUGAUUUCUUUAUUGCGACCGUAUCUAGUUUUUAUUAUUUUACGUGAUCACAAAGAAAACACGGCGUCCUUUAGACAGCGCGCGCGCGCGCGCGCUAUUGCUUGAUUGAAUAACAAGAAUUUCCUUUUCUCUCCGAGACACGCGACGGUUUUUGGCUCAACGAUUAUUAUUAAAAAACAACUCGGAACCUUUUUUUUUUUUUUACUUUCGAAAGAAGACUGACGACUAUUUUUUCGCGCAUCCGUCAUGGCAAAGGAAAAAGUAACACAAAGCGGAUACGCAAACGAGGCUUUCCAGCUGAACGAAUUCGAUUCUCACGAGAAUAUUCCACCCGACUCGGCGAAACAGUCGGACAAACAACGGGAAGAAGAUCCGGAAAAUUCGGCGAUCGGCAAAGGAGCGGAAUGGGGAGGCAGACUGGAGUUUCUGAUGGCUUGCAUAGCCACUUCCGUCGGAUUGGGAAACGUUUGGAGGUUCCCGUUCACCGCGUACGAAAACGGCGGCGGCGCCUUUCUGAUACCGUACAUCAUAGUUCUGAUCCUGGUCGGGAAACCGUUUUAUCUGUUGGAAGCGCUCAUGGGACAGUUCACCAGCGAGUCGUGCGGGAAGUCGUGGUACAUGGCGCCGGCCAUGAAGGGACUGGGAUACGCCCAGGCCUUCGCCGCGUUCUGCGUCGUCUCGUACUACUGCGCCUUGAUGGCACUGACCUUGUACUAUCUGGCGGCAAGUUUUCAGUCCGAGUUACCGUGGUCGAUCUGUCGCACGGAGUGGCAGGAUUGCAUUGACAUCAAUUCGAACGGCACUAGUGUCUCGAACGACACACGAAGAAGUUCCGCGGAACUGUACUUCAGGAAGAUAGUGCUGCAGGAAUACGAAUCGAUCGAGGACGGCAUCGGCGCGCCGUCCUGGCAGUUGACAAUCUGCUUGGUUCUCAGCUGGGCGUCCAUCUUCGCGGUGCUGUUCCGCGGCGUGAAGAGCACGGGCAAGGCCGUCUACUUUCUCGCGUUGUUUCCCUACGUCGUAAUGACGGCUCUGCUGAUCAGAGCCGUCACCCUCGAGGGCGCCGUAAACGGCAUCCUCUUCUUCGUCACGCCGAACUGGGAGGCCCUGUUGAAGCCUAACGUCUGGUACGCCGCUAUCACGCAGUGCUUCUUCUCGCUGUCCGUCUGCUUCGGCCCGAUCAUCAGCUACUCGUCCUACAACAACUUCGGACACCGAGUGGACAGGGACGUGAUGAUAGUGACCACGUUGGACACGUUCACCAGUCUGAUGGCCGGUUGCACGAUCUUCGGCAUCCUCGGUAAUCUGGCUCACGAGAUGAACACGGACGAUAUCUCCAAGGUGGUUCGCGGCGGAACCGGUCUAGCCUUCAUCUCGUAUCCGGACGCGCUGUCGCGCUUCAACGUCGUACCUCAGCUAUUUGCCGUUCUGUUCUUCGUCAUGCUGUUCGUCCUCGGCACCGGGAGCGCAGUCGCGUUGUGCGGCGCGAUUUUUAGCAUCUUUCGGGAUAAUCUGCCGAACGUGAAGCAAUGGCUUCUGGUGCUCGGUGUCACCUGCAUCGGCUUCCUCGUCAGUCUCAUUUACGUCACGCCGGGCGGGCAAUGGUUUAUAACGUUGGUCGACUACUACGGAGGCACAUUCGUGGCGAUAAUCGUCGGCGUUCUCGAGAUGGUGACCAUCUUCUGGGUGUACGGUCUAACGAAUUUUCUCAACGACAUGGAAUUUAUGCUGGGCAAGAGAUUGGGUGUCUAUUGGCGAGCGUGCUGGCUUCUGAUCACGCCUCUUCUCAUGAUCGUAAUACUGAUCUACACUUGCGCAACUUACGAGCCGCCCACUUACGACAACAUUCGAUUUCCAGAUUACGCUUACGGAAUAGGAUGGUUUCUCCUGGCUCUGGGAACUUCUUCGAUAAUAUGGUUCAUCGGUUCGAAAAUAAUUGCAAAUAGAACAUCGUCUUUUAUUGAGUCCGUUCGAGCAGCAUUUCGACCGGCGAAAGACAAAUGGGGACCUAAGGAUCCGAAGAUACGCAUGGAAUGGGAGACGUUUGUGAUGGAGAAGGAGUUUGGAGCUCAAACCGGUCUGAUGAAAAUAUUUUUUAAAUAAGAAAAAAAAUAAACAAGCUCUUAUUUAUUACCUUGUUCUCUUCUUCUAAGUCAGUUAUCUUUCACGCAGCAAAAUGUAAUUUAUUUAUCGUAUAAGCCGUGUUGAAUAUUUAAA